UUGGGAAGUUAGAGGCGGAAAACUAGGGCGGGGCGGGGUAAAAGAAAGCUGGCCCCGUUUCUAGGCAACUGAAGACUCUAGAUCCUUUGUGGGGCCUGCUAGCCGAGCGACAGAAGUGCCCUAGAAAGUGCCAAUGGGCGGUUCGCAUCUGUCACACACCUCUGAGAGCUUUGUCCUUUAAACUUCUGACCAGUUCCAGGGAGUAAAACUGGCCUCCCAGAUGUGUGGAACUACCCCCGGAUCUAUAGCUCUUCGUCACCGUCUUCUUUCUACCUUCUGAGAGACCCUGAAACCCUUGCCAUGGAAAAGUACCACGUUUUGGAGAUGAUUGGAGAAGGCUCUUUUGGGAGAGUGUAUAAAGGCCGAAAAAAAUACAGUGCUCAGGUGGUAGCCUUGAAGUUCAUCCCCAAACUGGGGCGCUCAGAGAAAGAGCUGAGGAAUCUGCAACGAGAGAUAGAGAUCAUGCGGGGUCUGUGGCACCCCAACAUCGUCCAUAUGCUUGACAGCUUCGAGACUGACAAAGAGGUGGUGGUGGUGACAGACUAUGCUGAGGGAGAACUCUUUCAGAUUCUGGAAGAUGAUGGAAAACUUCCUGAAGACCAGGUUCAGGCCAUCGCUGCCCAGUUGGUGUCAGCCCUAUACUAUCUGCAUUCCCACCGUAUCCUACACCGAGACAUGAAACCUCAGAACAUUCUUCUCGCCAAGGGUGGUGGCAUCAAACUUUGUGACUUUGGAUUUGCCCGAGCUAUGAGCACCAACACCAUGGUGCUGACGUCUAUCAAAGGCACACCGCUCUAUAUGUCUCCAGAGCUGGUGGAGGAGCGACCAUACGACCACACAGCAGACCUCUGGUCUGUAGGCUGCAUCCUGUAUGAGCUGGCUGUAGGCACGCCUCCCUUCUACACCACCAGCAUCUUUCAACUGGUUAGCCUUAUUCUCAAGGACCCUGUGCGCUGGCCAUCCACCAUUAGUUCCUGCUUUAAGAACUUCUUGCAGGGACUGCUCACCAAGGACCCUCGGCAGCGUCUGUCCUGGCCAGACCUCCUACAUCACCCCUUUAUUGCUGGCCGUGUCACCAUAAUAACUGAACCAGCAGGUUCUGAUUUGGGCACCCCAUUUACUACUCGCCUACCCCCAGAACUUCAGGUUCUAAAGGAUGAGCAGGCCCAUCGCCUGGCACCCAAGGGUAGCCAGUCUCGCAUCCUGCGCCAGGCCUGUAAACGCAUGGCUGAAGCCAAGCAGAAGGAAGACCAGAAUGCAGGAUCCACCCUUGAACAAGAAGAUAGGCUUUGCAAGGUGACACCCAGCACAGCCCCUGUGCCUGGACUAAAGGCCACGCCUCAGGAAUCAAGCCUCUUGGCUGGUAUAUUGGCUUCAGAAAUGAAGAACAACUGGGAAGACUGGGGGGCUGGAGAAGCACCCUCUGCACCUCGGGAAAACCACAUCACCUCGGAGUGUGAACAAACUUUCCCAGAGCUGAGGCCAGAGACGAUGGGCCGUCGGAGUACUGAUGCAGUGGAUCCUGAAACUGAGGAGCCAGACAGUGAUGACGAGUGGCAACGCUUACUAGAGACUACGGAGCCUGUGCCUGUGCAGCUGAAGUCCCCCCUCACCCUGCUGUGCAAUCCUGACUUCUGCCAGCGCAUCCAGAGUCAGCUGCGUGGGACUGGUGAGCAGAUCCUGAAAGGCGUCCUGGAUGGUGCUUCCCACCUCCUUCCUGCAUUCCGCAUCCUGAGCAGUCUCCUGUCCAGCUGCAGUGACUCAGUGCUCUUGUAUUCCUUCUGCCAGGAGGCAGGAGUGCCUGAGCUGCCUCUCAGCCUUCUUAGGUACAGCCAGGAGAGCAGCAAUAUGCAGCAGCAACCUUGGUAUGGGGCCUUCUUACGGGACCUGAUGGCUGUGGUUCAGGCCUACUUUUCGUGCACCUUCAAUCUGGAGAGGAGCCAGACAGGCGACAGCCUACAGGUGUUUCAGGAGGCCGCCAGCCUCUUUUUGGACCUAUUGGGGAAGCUGUUGGCCCAAUCAGAUGAUUCCGAGCAGACAUUUCGAAGGGAUAGCCUUAUGUGCUUUGCUGUCUUGUGUGAAGCUGUGGAUGGGAACAGCCGGGCCAUCUCCAAGGCCUUUUACUCCAGCCUGUUGACCACACAGCGUGCUGUGUUGGACGGGCUCCUUCAUGGCCUAACAGUUCCACAGCUUCCUUUCCACACACCACCAGGAGCACCACAAGUGAGCCAGCCGCUGCGGGAGCAGAGUGAAGAUGUACCUGGAGCCAUCUCUUCUGCCCUGGCAGCCAUGUGUACUGCCCCUGUGGGGCUGCCCAGCUGUUGGGACGCCAAGGAGCAGGUCUCUUGGCAUUUGGCCAACCAGCUAACUGAGGACAGCAGCCAACUGAGGCCAUCCCUCAUCUCUGGUCUACGGCACCAUAUCCUAUGCCUUCACCUUCUCAAGGUUCUCUACUCCUGCUGCUACAUUAGUGAGCACCUGUGCCAUAUUCUGGGGCAAGAGCCCCUGGCCUUGGAGUCCCUGCUGAUGUUAGUCCAGGGCAAGGUAAAAGUAGCAGACUGGGAAGAGUCCACUGAGGUGGCACUUUACCUCCUGUCCCUUCUUGUUUUUCGGCUCCAAGAUCUGCCUUCAGGGAUGGAAAAACUGGGCAGUGAGGUCGCUACUCUCUUUACCCACUCACAUGUCGUCUCUCUUGUGAAUGCAGCAGCCUGUCUCUUAGGACAGCUUGGUCAGCAAGGGGUGACCUUUGACCUCCAGCCCCGGGAAUGGAUUGCUGCAGCUGCACAUGCCUUGUCAGCCCCUGCAGAGGUCCGGCUGACUCCGCCAUGUAGUUGUGGCUUCUAUGAUGGCCUCCUCGUUCUUCUGCUUCAGCUCCUUACACAGGGGAAGCCUGGCCUGAUCAGGGAUGUGGCUGGUUCAGAGGUGUGGACCAUUCUGUGGCACCGCUUUUCCAUGGCUCUGAGGCUGCCCGAGGAGGUGUCUGCCCAGGAAGAUGACCUGUCACUAUCAAAUCCAUCCAGCCUAGAGCCAGACUGGACACUGAUUUCACCUCAAGGCAUGGCAGCCUUGCUGAGCCUGGCCAUGGUCAUCUUCACCCAGGAGCCCCAGUUAUGCCUGAGUCACCUGUCCCAGCAUGGCAGUGUCCUCAUGCUGACCCUGAAGCACCUGAUUUCACCCAGCUUCUUGCACCACCUGAGCCAGGCGCCUCAGGGGCCUGAGUUUCUCCCCGGUGUGGUGCUCUCUGUGUGCAAGCUGCUCUGCUUCCCUUUCGCCCUGGAUGUGGACGAUGACCUCCUCGUAGGUAUCUUGGCUGAACUCAGGGCCUCAGAAGUUGCAGUCUAUCUGCUGCAGGUCUGCUGCCACCACCUUCCGCUGUUACAAGCAGAGCUGCCCAUUGGCCUCCUUACACGCCUGGCCCUCAUGGAUUCCACCUCUCUCAAGCAGUUUGUGAACACAGUGGCCACCUCUUCUAGAGCCAUCAUCUCAUUCCUCUCUGUUGUUCUCCUGAGUGACCAGCCCCUCAUGAUCUCUGACCUCCUGUCCCUGCUGACACACGCAGCCCGGAUUCUGUCCCCCAGCCACUUGUCCUUUAUCCAAGAGCUCCUGUCUGGCACUGAUGAAUCCUAUCGGCCGCUGCGCAGCCUCCUAGGCCACUCAGAAAACACUGUGCGGGUCCGUACUUAUGGGCUCCUGGGACAUUUACUGCAGCACAGCAUGGCCCUACGAGGGGCACUACAGAGCCAGUCGGGACUGCUCAACCUUCUGCUGCUAGGGCUUGGAGACAAGGACCCUGCUGUGCGACGCAGUGCCAGCUUUGCUGUGGGCAAUGCAGCCUACCAGGCUGGUCCCCUGGGACCUGCCUUGGCAGCUGCAGUGCCCAGUAUGACCCAGCUGCUUGGAGAUGCCCAGGAUGGUAUCCGGCGCAACGCUGCAUCGGCUCUAGGCAAUCUGGGACCUGAAGGAUUGAGCAAGGAGCUAUUAAAGUGCCAAGUACCCCAGCGGCUCCUAGAAAUGGCAUGUGGAGACCCUCAGCCAACUGUCAAGGAGGCUGCCCUCAUUGCCCUUCGGAGCCUCCGACAGGAGCCCUGUAUUCAUCAGGUGCUGGUGUCACUGGGUGCCAGUGAGAAAUUAGCCUUGCUCUCUUUGGGGAAUCAGUUACUGCCAAAUAGCAGCAACAGGCCUGCCUCUGCCAGACACUGCAGGAGGCUCAUUCACCUCCUGAGGCCAACCCACAGCACAUGAGCCCAGACUCCUGUCCUACUGUUGCCAAGUCUUCCUUAUUCUCCUACCCAGGCUACUAGCUCAGCCCAGAGCUGAAGAGACUGAGAAAGAGUGCUAAGCUGCCAACUCCCCUGCAAGUGAGAAACUAGAAGAGAUUUUCUUAUUAAAGCUCCUUCCUUUCCCAAGAUUCAUGAUGAUUUGAAUCAGUAAACUUCAUUGCUGUUGGUGCCAGAGCAAAUCCCUUCCUUUCUGCAUGCAAGGAUCUUUCCUCUAGCAAUGAGCCCUUCACCCCAGGACCAUGCCAUCCACUCAGGCCUUAGGGG